AUGUAGGUAUCCAAAAUGUAACGAAAUAUAACUUCUUAUUUAUUUAUUUUCUAAUUUUAGGUGUGAACUCAGCCAUUAUUCGAGGUAUAUGUAAAGUUAUUGGAACAACGAUAUCAAAGUAUAAAGAUGCACCAUCCCAGCUGCUAGUUCGAAAAUUGCUUUGUGACCUAACAACUUAUCAUCAUGAUUUAACUAUAGAACAUAUGCUAGCUGUUUUCAAAACGCUUUUGGUAAAGGAAUUACCACUAUCACCUGCUCAUAAAUCCUGCAGAACUGCAGUAGUAGCCUUAGGGUGGAUUUCUUUGCUCUUAAAAAAUGCAAAUAGAGAGUCAAAUAUUUAUAAAACAGAAAAGUUGAGGUUAUUUGAGUACCAAUCGAUAUUGUACCAAACUACUUUUCUUGCCCAAAAUACACGUGUCACAGAAGCAGCCACAAAAAUAUUAUAUGAUUUAUGGGAAAAUAAUAAUAUUUUUAAAGAUACGAUGACUUCAUUAUAUGAAAUGGAAGCAACUUCGAGCAUUACAAUAAUGAUAAUGACAAUGAUACGAUUUGAAACUGACCACAAUCAGUUGAAUAUACUAAAAUCUUAUAAGAUACAAACUUUAGAAUACUUCGUGAAAAGUAUGAUAUUGUGCAAGUCAAAACCAGAAAAGACAUUAAUAACUGCAUGUGAGCCAUUAUUAUCAACACUGAAUAACUCUGAAUUUUCGCAGUACAUAUAUAAUGAUUUACAAAAGUCCAUGCUACGGAGUCCCGAAAAUACCUUAGAGAGCGUUGGGUUAAUUUUUAACCUUCUUAACAUUGAUUGUAGCCCUUACGCGUAUCAAAUUGCUACAGUGUUAAUUAAGAAUUUAUACAGUAAAGGGGAAGAUGCUCGAAGUGAAUCUUUACAAUCUCUAAAGAGUCUAUCACAAAAAUGCUCAGAUGGUAAAAUCAUAAAAAAGUUAUUAGAAUUUACUUUCUCUAUUUUAAAUGGAUCUGAUGGAAAAAUAAAUGUUGUUGAGCAUAGAAUAAAAUUAUUGCAGGGAGCUGGAUAUUUAAGCUUUAACGACGUAAGCGCUAAUGAUUUACCCGAAAUAUUAAGUUUGGCUGUCGAUCUAUUUAGCAAGGUGCUUGAUACUGAAUCCCAGGAAAAAGUGAUAUGCUGUACACUAGAAAUGUUUGCGUUGUGGUGCGGUAGGUUUAAGGAUGAGGUACCCACUGUAAUUAUAAGAAUUUUUAAAAAUGGAAUAGAACAUAAAAACUCAAAUCAAGCUAUUCGACAGAGUUAUCUUGAAUGGUUGCUUUCAUCCAUACAAAAUGCUGACGUUAAAAACACGGAAAAUAUAGUUCCCAUAUUAUAUUCCUUAUAUUCAAAAGCAUUGCUACAGUCCUCUCAAUUAUCUAACUUAUCAGAAGCUGCAUGUAUAGCCUGUCUUUUGCUGAUAUUAGAAAAGCCAUCUGAGUUAUAUUCAUUCUUUUGGAAUUCGCUGUUUGAUAUGAAUAAACUAUAUUUCUUUAAUGAUAAACUAUUAGCUUCAGCAUCAGCAGAAACUUUGUGCCACAUUUCAUUUAUAGCAAAGGUCUUAUUUAAAUCAUAUUUAGACCAGCUAAAAGGUCCGAGGGAAUCAUUGCAUAAAGCAUUACUUAAUAACUUAUGUUCUUGUAUACCUAAAGUGAGAACUUAUACUAAAGAUCAAAUUGAAGAAAUCACAAAAAGUUCUGAUGGCGUAGAUUUUGUUAAACUUGCUCUUAAAGAGUAUAGUAAACUUAUAAGUUCUUUAAAGUAUCCGAAUGAAUUAGACAAUAGUAACGAUAAUGCUAGUUCUCAAGCAUAUGUAGAUGCGUUAGAAGUAUUAUUUGGGGUACAAAAUGUAUCAUACGAAGAUUCCCUUCAGUUUACAUUAACUCUUUUAGAAAUUGCUAACUAUCCAACCAUAUUAUCCCAUAGCCCAUUCUUUUGGGAAAAAACUAUUCAAAAAAACUUCAAUUUAAACCCUGAAAACUUUAUUAAAAAUAAUGACAAGCAAGUUAUUGAAAAGUAUAUAGAUAAUUUUAAAAUAUGUCCAGUUUACGAAAAUAUUAUAUCGUCAAUAGUUCGAAUUAACCCACAUAUAAUAGUGCCCCAUAUAAUAAAUCAUGUAAAAAUGUUUCUGAAAGCUGAAAGCAAUUUCUCCGUAAGUAAUGAGGAAUUUUUUAUCUUUAUGACACCAGAAGGUGAAUUGUAUGACAAAAGCGUAAUACCACACGCUGAUUCACAAUAUAAGACUAUUGGUGUUAAAAGAGAAAAUAAAGUUUACAGCUAUAAAGAACAGUUAGAAGAAAUUCAACUUCGUCGUGAAAUUGACGAGAAACGCCAAAAAGAAGGUAAAUCGAAGACUAUAAAACUAACCCAAAAACAACAGGAAUUAAUCAAAAACCAAACAGAGAAAGAAUUGCGUGUUAAGCUACGUGUGCAAGGCAUGUAUGAGAAAUUGAUUUCUAUAAUAAGUUUGUUAAAAGCUUCUUGUGCUGGAAAUGAAAAAUACAUUUCGUUAAAUUUUUAUACCUUAUUGGAUGAUAUUUUAUGUGCCUCUCAAAGCCCUUUAAGUGCUGAACCGUUAACAGAUCUUUACUACUUCUUACAUAAAAUGUGUUUUAAAAAUAAUACUGAAUUAGGUCGAUCUAUUUCCAUUGCAACUAUCAGACUUCAGAAACCAUCUUGCAAUUUAAAAGAUGAAUGGAAUGCCCAAAAUAUAAAUGAGUGCAUUGUAGAUAUAAUAUCAGAUCUAAAAAAUCAUGUAAUUACAAACUCAAACAUUUUGGACUCACAGUCUUUUUCAUAUGCUUUUGAGUUCCUUAAACGUGCUAUCACUUACUUCAAUAAUAACACCAACGAAGAACUUAUAUUAAUAAGUAUAAAAUUGGUCGAAAUCCACGUUAAAAUUGAAAAUACAUCUAUUGAACUUAACCAUCCGAAGUACUUGCCCAGACUGGGUAUGUUUCGCAUAUUAUUGUAUUUGAUGCAAAACCAUUCGACGCAUAUUCAAACUCAAGCUGUAAAUGCUCUCUUAGAAGUAGCUAGUAUUUCAUCUGGCGAAAAAUUCAAUUCUACACCAGAUAAUGAUACAAUUCAAUUAUUUUUGGAAAGCUUGCAAAAUAAAAACGAAACUAUAAGGGAUGUAUCCUUACGCGCAAUUAAAAUAAUGAUUAACCCAAUAAUUGAUUAUGCGAAAAAUAAUGUUGAUUUGAAAAAUCAAUUAAUGUCGAGAUUGUGGAUAGCAAAAUUUGAUAUUAAUCCAGAUGUACGACAGCUUGCUGCCGAAAUUUGGGAUACUACAAACUUUUCGUAUCCCGAGUUUGACGAUAUUAUUUUUGAUAUCACACAUUCAGAACUCUGUAUACAAAAAGCAUCGGCGGAGUCCCUAAUACCAAUAAUAAGAAAUAACGACAAAUUAAUAAAAUAUGGAUUAUUGAAAAUGUUAGAUAUUUAUAAUGAAAAACUUACUUUAAUUCCUCCAAAACUUGAUAAGUUUGACCGAGAAAUUGAACCUGCAUCAGAUCAAUGGCAACCUAGAAGAGGUGUCGCAAUAGCAAUAUCUCAAAUUGCACAAUUUUUAUCUAUUGAAGAUAUAAAUUAUCUAAUGCAAUUUAUGGUAUCGAAUGGCCUCGGUGACCGAGAGGACAUUGUCCAUAAAGAAAUGUUAGCUGCUGCUUUGAAGGUAGUAGAUUUGCAUGGAAAGGAUACAAUUGUAAGCUUACUACCAGUUUUUGAGGAGUUUCUUGAUAAAGCACCAAAGUCGCAAAGUUUUGAUAAUAUACGUCAGGCUGUUGUAAUACUUAUGGGUUCCUUGGCUAGGCAUUUAGAAAAAGAAGAUGAAAGAAUUGAUCCAAUAGUCAAACGACUAAUAACUGCAUUAUCUACUCCUUCCCAACAAGUUCAAGAAGCAGUGUCUAAUUGUUUACCACAUCUAAUGCCGUCUGUUAAAGACGAAGCUCCGGCCAUGAUCAAAAAACUAUUGCAUUCAUUGGCUAAAUCUGAUAAAUACGGAGAAAGAAGAGGUGCUGCGUAUGGAAUAGCUGGUAUUGUGAAAGGACUUGGAAUUUUGUCUCUUAAGCAGUUGGACAUAAUGUCAAAAUUAACAUCGUAUAUACAAGACAAAAAAAAUUAUAGAUGUCGUGAAGGUGCUCUAUUCGCGUUUGAAAUUUUAUGUACUACUCUUGGUCGCUUAUUCGAGCCGUAUAUAGUCCAUGUAUUACCUCACUUAUUACAGUGUUUUGGGGAUUCCUCCCAAUAUGUUCGACAAGCUGCAGAUGAUACUGCCAAAGUUGUUAUGGCGAAGCUAUCUGCUCAUGGUGUUAAAUUGGUACUGCCAUCGUUAUUGCAAGCUUUAGAUGAAGAUUCCUGGAGAACAAAAACAGCUUCUGUUGAGUUAUUAGGUGCUAUGGCAUUCUGUGCUCCUAAACAGUUGUCGUCUUGUUUGCCUAGUAUAGUUCCAAAAUUAAUAGAAGUUCUUGGUGAUUCCCAUACAAAAGUACAAGAAGCUGGAGCAGACGCCCUUAAGGUAAUAGGAUCCGUUAUUAAAAAUCCAGAAAUUCAAGCUAUCGUUCCGGUUUUAUUAAAAGCGUUAGAGGAUCCUUCUAAUAAUACAUCCGUCUGUCUCCAAAGUUUAUUGAAAACUAAAUUUAUUCACUUUAUUGAUGCCCCUUCUUUAGCUCUAAUUAUGCCAGUAGUUCAAAGAGCGUUUAUGGAUCGAUCUACAGAAACAAGAAAAAUGGCUGCCCAAAUUAUCGGAAAUAUGUAUUCACUUACAGACCAAAAAGAUUUGACUCCAUACCUUCCAAGCAUAAUUCCUGGCUUGAAAUCUUCGUUACUAGAUCCUGUUCCAGAAGUUAGAGCAGUAUCUGCUCGUGCUCUUGGAGCAAUGGUUAAGGGCAUGGGUGAAACCUCCUUUGAGGACCUACUUCCAUGGUUAAUGCAAACUCUAACAUCAGAGUCUAGUAGUGUCGACCGUAGUGGCGCAGCUCAAGGCCUUUCUGAAGUUGUUGGAGGACUAGGUGUAGAAAAAAUGCAUAAACUUAUGCCAGAAAUAAUUUCUACUGCAGAACGAACUGAUAUUGCUCCUCAUGUUAAAGAUGGAUAUAUAAUGAUGUUUAUAUAUAUGCCAGGUGCUUUUCCAGAAGAAUUUACACCUUAUAUUGGCCAAAUAAUUAAUCCUAUUCUUAAGGCAUUAGCAGAUGAAAGUGAAUAUGUACGCGACACAGCUCUAAGAGCUGGACAACGCAUAGUAAAUUUAUAUGCAGAAACUGCUGUUGCACUUUUGUUACCCGAGUUAGAAAAGGGUUUAUUUGACGAGAACUGGCGAAUAAGAUAUAGCUCGGUUCAACUACUUGGAGACUUAUUGUAUCGCAUAUCAGGCGUAUCUGGAAAAAUGACAACUGAAACGGCAAGUGAGGAUGAUAAUUUUGGUACAGAACAGUCCCAUACUGCAAUAAUUCGUUUCUUAGGGGAUGAACGACGUAACAGAGUUUUGUCUGGUCUUUAUAUGGGUCGCAGUGACGUAUCGUUAAUGGUCCGUCAAUCAGCACUUCAUGUUUGGAAAAUAGUUGUUACAAACACUCCUAGGACAUUAAGGGAAAUAUUGCCAACAUUAUUUGGAUUGUUAUUAGGUUGCUUAGCAAGUACAAGCUAUGAUAAACGGCAAGUUGCUGCGAGAACCUUAGGAGAUCUAGUACGAAAACUUGGGGAACGAGUUUUACCUGAAAUAAUUCCUAUACUUGAAAGUGGAUUAAAUUCAGAGCAUCCAGACCAAAGACAAGGUGUUUGCAUCGGCUUGUCGGAAAUAAUGACAUCGACGUCAAAAGAAAUGGUUCUAACAUUUGUUAAUAGUUUAGUUCCCACCGUACGUAAAGCUUUAACUGAUCCUUUGCCUGAAGUUAGAGUAGCAGCUGCAAAGACUUUUGAUUCGUUGCAUAGUACUGUAGGAUCACGAGCACUUGAUGACAUUCUUCCAUAUAUGUUAGAAAGGCUUUCCGAUCCAGAUCCAUUGGUUGCUGAAAAUACAUUAGAUGGGUUGCGUCAAGUAAUGUCUAUCAAAUCCCGAGUUGUCUUGCCUUUUCUGGUUCCGCAGCUAACGGCCCAACCAGUAAACACAAAAGCCUUAUCCAUAUUAGUUUCUGUGGCUGGUGAUGCGUUAACUAAAUAUCUACCAAAAAUUUUAUCCGCUUUGUUAGAAACAUUGUCUGAAUCCUAUGGGUCUGUUAAUGAAAUACAGGAGUUGGAGUACUGCCAAACGGUAAUUUUGUCUGUGGCGGAUGAAGUUGGAGUGCGAACCAUUAUGGAUACACUUAUGAUGUCAGCAAAGUCGGAAAACGUAUGUACUCGUAAAUCAUCAGCUAGCUUACUUGCUGCUUUUUGCAUUCAUUCACCCGGAGAUUAUUCUCAAUAUAUUCCUCAACUACUUCGUUGUUUGCUUCGUUUAAUGGCCGAUGAAGAUAAAGUUAUAAUACAAAACGCUUGGGAAGCCUUAAGUGCUGUAAUAAAAGGAUUAAGUCCUACUGAUCAAAUUGGUUACGUAUCAGAUCUUCGCCAAGCCGUGAGGUUUGCUGCUAGUGAACUAAAGGAACCAGAAUUACCAGGUUUUUGCCUUCCAAAGGGAAUAACACCUUUAUUGCCAGUUUUUCGUGAAGCAAUUUUAAAUGGGCUACCAGAAGAAAAAGAAAAUGCAGCACAAGGGCUUGGUGAAGUUAUAUUUUUAACCAGCGCAAAUUCCUUACAACCCUCCGUCGUUCAUAUAACUGGUCCAUUAAUUCGAAUUUUAGGAGAUCGAUUCAAUUCUGGUGUUAAAGCCGCUGUAUUGGAGACAUUAGCAAUUUUGCUUCACAAAGUUGGAGUUAUACUAAAGCAAUUUUUACCACAACUUCAAACCACUUUCUUGAAAGCACUACAUGAUCAAAAUAGAAAUGUUCGAAUGAAAGCGGGAAAAGCAUUAUCAGAAUUGGUGGUUAUUCAUUCUAGGGCUGAUCCAUUGUUCAUCGAAAUUCAUAAUGGUAUAAAAAGUUCUGACGAUUCCGCUGUUAGAGAAACUAUGUUGCAUGCACUCCGUAGCAUUAUUAGUCCAUCAGGAGACAAAAUGUCUGAGCAAAUAAAGAAACAAAUUUUUUGUACGUUAAUAAGUCUUAUUGGGCAUCAAGAAGAUAAUACUAGAAAUGCAGUUGGUGGUUGUUUAGGUGCUAUGAUAAAAUAUAUGCCAUCAGUUCAAGUUUCUGAUUUGUUGAAUAAUUGCCUACUUACAGAUAAUUCUGAUGAUUCAUUUAUUAAACAUGGAUAUACAAUUAUUCUCUUUGUCGCUUUAAAAGAAUGUCCUAAUAAGGUAUUGACAGCAAACGUUCAUGAUAGAGUAAUUGACAACAUAUUGUUGAACAUAAUCUCUGAAAAAGUACCGAUUGCUUGUAAUGCGGUUAGAGCUGCCACUUAUCUUUUAGAACACAAACUAGUUGAAAGAGAAGAUCCUCCAAAUAGUGUUAUAGUGGCACUAGGUAGAGCGAUGAACCAUAGCAGUAAUGACGUAAAACAGUUAGUUGCAAAAAGUUGCAUCCACCUUUCAAAAAAUCUUUCCCCUGAUCAAAUACAUGUGGACGUAUUGAAAGUUUUAGUUCCAACAUUAGUAAAUGGUACUAAAGAGAAAAAUGGGUAUGUUAAGUCCAACUCAGAAUUAGCCCUUAUAUCUAUAUUAAGGCUAAGAUCAGAUGAAACAAUGUUAAAGAAAACAUGUGAUGUGCUAGAAACAGGGGCAAUAGAUUCAUUAAAUGAUGUGGUGACAAAAGUUCUAAAAAGAGUCACAGCUCAUACAGUAGUAAGGGAAGAAGACUUAGAUGAUACAUUACAAACCUGAUUAUUCUUAUAAAUUAA